AUGCCGCUGGGGCCAGGAAGUGGGUCUGGGGGACGUGGCGCUAGAGAUCAAGCCCAAGGCUUCAGGGCCAUCAAGAAAAGUGGCAGGGGCAGCUUCGGAACCUUCUCUGGCCUGCUCUUCCGCUGCAGGGGCAGCAUCUACAAGCUUCUGUAGGAGUUCCUGAUCUUCUGCGCCUUGUAUGCUGCACUCAGCAUCGCCUGCCGGCUGUUGCUGGCCCAGGAGCAGAAGCAUAUUUAUGCCCAGGUGGCCCGAUUUAGCCGCUCAGCAGACCUCAUCCCCUGUCCUUUCUCACUAGGUUUCUACGUGACUUUGGUGGUGAACCGUUGGUGGUCACACUACACAAACAUUCCAAUGUCCGAGUUAAUGUGUGUCCUCUCAGUCAGUGUGCACAGCAUGGACCAGAGUGGCCGUUUGCUACGCCGAACUCUUAUCUGCUAUGCCAACCUGGCAUCGUUGGUUUUGGUGCUACGUUCCAUGAGCACCUGUGUACUCAAGCGCUUCCCCACCACGGAGCAUGGUUUCAAGUCUUAGGAAGAGAGUUAAAUGCUCGAGAGCUUGAAAUCUGACUUUAACAAGUACUGGGUCCCUUGGGUCUGGUUCACUAACCCAGCCGCACAGGCCCGCACGGAUGAACGAAUCUGUGGCGACCUCUCUGUCUCAUGCUGGAAGUCAGAGCUGAACAGGGAUCGGCCUAGCACAGCAUGCUCCUCCACUGUGACUGGAUCAGCAUUCCUCUCUUACACCCAGGUGGUGACAGUAGCUAUCUAUACCUUCUUCACCCUUUUCCUCCAGUUUGUGGAGCCAGAAGCAGGGGCUGCCAAACUUCAGGAGUCUCUGGAGUCGAGCAAGGCGGCCUCUCCAGCUCUGUGGGACCUGGAAGUGUUCGUGUCUACCACAUUGCUGCAGACUUUCUUUUAUGCUGGUGGGCUCAAGGUAGCUGAACCCCUUUGGUGUCCCAGUUCCGUCGAUGAUGUGUACCAGAACCUGCCUCCCGCUGAGCACAAUCUGUACUGGGAUGAGGCCCAACCUCAGCCACCCUAUCCGAUGGCCACAGCUGUUGAGUCGCUGGUCACUUCCUUCACUGGUUCCACUCUCAACCUAUUCAUGAUGACCCUGAGUGGUGCCCGUAGGUCCGACCUGCUGGCGCCUGCCAUGCAGCCCACACAGACCCUGCUGCUGGGCGGCUCCCUGGAUGCAGAAGCGCCCUCGGAGGGCAUGGUGCUCCUAGGACCGCUCACCGGCUGCACUUCCAAACCUGCGGCGAGGAGGCUGAGGGCAGCAUCCAGGAGGCUGUGGAUGAAGUAUCUGAGGAUGAUGCCCUGGAACCCUAAGGGCCUUCUCUGCGGGCAGCCACCACCCUGCCUUCUUCCCCAGCUUCACUAG